GCACAUCUGUCAGAUUUUUAAGGCCGUGACGCACUGAAAGCUGGGAGUCAAUGCGAGCAAAGGGAGGAGGAGGAGGAGGAGAAAGAGUUGGUGGUGAGAUCGAUGAAGUGGCAGGCAGAGAGGCAAGAGGAGGAGGAGGAGGAAAAUCUCACGAGAUAAUGAAAGAAAAAGAGAAGUGCUGGUAACAGAGCGAAAACACGGAGCGUGGACCUGGAGAUUGUCUUAGGAGUGAAAAAAAUAUAUAUAUAACAAAACAAACGCGAAGGGCUCCAGAAAUCCACCUGAAAUCGCAGAUGCGGCUUUCUUUUUGCCCUCUGUGUUUUUGCGCUGCGCACGGUUUUUUGGUGGAUGUACGAGCUCGGGGCGCAAGCGGAGCGAUUGUGUGAAUCCGUGGGUCUGCUCAGCGACGCGGUCGUGGAAAUGCACAGGGUGGACGGCAGCCGCGGAUGCGCUCGGAGCAGCGGAUAAAAUAAAAGGCACAAAAGCGACCGAGGCUCCAGACUCCAGCUGAGCACCAAAGACACGAACAGAUGCACAAGUGAGAAUAAAACAACCCCAAUGCUGCUGCAAGCUCCUUUCCUGGGACUUUGAGGGAGUUUGAAGACACUAAUUAAUGUUAUCAGAUAAUUAAUUAGAGACCCCCGUAAGCCCGGAAAUCAAUUAAUUCACAAAUCAAUAAAUCCAUAGUCUGGUGUAACAAGAGACCUUCCAGACUGUUGGCCCGGCCGUUCAACAACAACAACAAAGAUAGAGCGACGGCGCGCAGUGGCAAGAAACACACAUUUAUUUAUUGAAAUCGAAGAUGGAUGGGGGUCUAGGGGAGAUGUCCUUGCACAGCCACUCGGAUCUGGCCCACAGCCAGGACGGCAGGGCCAUGCUGCACACGCGGGACCUCUCUGCUGCCUUCCCCAGGCCUUCCCUCGGGAGCUCCUCCAUGGCCCUGGAACCCGAGCCCCGUCCUUCGGGAUACGACCACUCCAUGUCGGCCCUGGGCUACAGCGGCGACUCUCCGUCCAGCUCGGGCAGCACCUACACCACCCUGACCCCCUUGCAGCCGUUUGACGACAAGUUCCACCACCACCAUCACCACCAUCACCCCUGCCUCCCCGUCAGCAACGUCAUCGGCAGCUUCACCCUGAUGCGCGAGGACCGAGGCCUCAGCACCAACUUCUACAACCCCUACGGAAAGGAGCUGGCUAUGACCCAAAGCCUGACGCCCCCCACCACGGGUUCAGGCCUCAGCUCCUCCAUGCAUGGUUACGGCAGCCUGGGCAACAGCCCCAAUGGCAACGGCGGCCAGAUGCUCCACACAGGCUACGACGUCCACGGAGGGAGCCUCUUCUGCCGGGCGUCAGAUUUCGGCAGAGAGAUGUCCCCGCCGGGCCUGGGAGGGGGCGACGUGUCCGUCGGGCACCAGCUGAACAAGAUGGAGUCUCACCAGCACACCCCGAACCACCACCCUCACCUCUACAGCCAGCACUACCAGCCUCACCAUCACCCGAGCCAGCAGUCGGCCAAGAUGGCCGAGCACCUGCACUCCUCGUCGCCCGCCGCGUCCUCGCCCGGCGAGGGCAUGCUGCCGGGCUCGCAGGGCGGAGGGGGCGGGGAGGAGAUCAACACCCGGGACGUGGCCCAGAGGAUCAUCACCGAGCUGAAGCGCUACAGCAUCCCUCAAGCCAUCUUCGCCGAGAGGGUCCUGUGUAGGUCACAGGGCACCCUGUCUGACCUCCUGAGGAACCCCAAGCCCUGGGGCAAGCUCAAGUCUGGCCGCGAGACCUUCAAGAGGAUGUCUCGCUGGCUGCAGGAGCCCGAGUUUCAAAGGAUGGCCUCACUCCGGCUCGAGGCCUGCAAGCGCAAGGAGCAGGAGCAGAGCAAGCUGGAGCGCAACCAGGGCCCCAAGCGCACCCGGCUGGUGUUCACCGACCUGCAGCGGCGCACGCUCAUGGCCAUCUUCAGGGAGAACCACCGCCCGACCAAAGAACUGCAGGUCACCAUCUCCCAGCAGCUGGGCCUGGAGCUCUCCACCGUCAGCAACUUCUUCAUGAACGCCCGCCGACGCAACCUCAACAAGUGGGCCGACGAGGGCCGCCCGUCCUCCACCGGCUCCUCGGGCUCCAGCGUCUCCUCCUCCGCGGUGUCCUGCAGCACCGCGUGAUGACGGGCCGUCCCGGAGGUGCGUUGGGGAGGGCGCCGAGGGAGCAAGGCUAGGGGGCGGGGCGGGGCGGGGGGGGCACAUAGACUGGUCUAGGGGGAGAUCAGGCGUUACAGAUGUCCUCCUCGUUAUCAGAGGGAGAGAUGAUUUUUACGAAGCAUUUUCCCGAAAACCAAAGUCGAUCGCCUCCUUGAAAUGGAAGGAGGCGAUGCCUAGAGUGAUAAAAAUCCCCAGGACGUGAGGUCCUGCUUGUACAGUCAAGGGUGCGAAGAAGAUUAACGCCCUGGCAUAGACGCCAUCCCAUUGCAUUAUUUUGGUUAUGUAGAUUAGAGAUGAUGAGGGUAUCGCAAAUCAGGAGGAAGCAUAUUUUGGUGUACCUUCGACUCUGUUCCCAUCUCUCCAAACGUGAAGAAUCAAGAGGUGCCGCUUACUCACGCCUGGAGAGCUCCAUCCCGUACGUUUCUAAUCAAAAGUGUUCACCGUCAUCCAAAGAUGUUAAUCCCAACCCCCCCACUUCCCCAGUGCCCCCCUUUUUUUUCCUCGAGAAUCAAGGUGAAAGAGGAAGAAAAGGCAGUUUUAUUUAUUUUUUUGUGAUGAAGUCAAUUUCCCCUUUCUUAAGCAUGUGUUUCCAUUGUGAUGGUUCCCAGGACUGUUUUUUUGGUGCUGUUUCAAGUCGGGAGCCUGGAAUAAUCAGGGUGGGGUUCCCGUUGGCAUCCGUAAACCCCAGCCGUCAAUCACAAACGACCGGCGGAGAGCGUCUGCAGCGUUUUUGUCGGAACCGUCUCGCCUUGAAUUAAUCAGAGGUUUCAGGGCGGGA